UUUUAAAGAUUUUAAUUUAAUAUUGAGGAAGGAAAUCGAUCAUGAUUAAGUUAUUAAUUAGCAUUUAAUUAUAAAUACAUGUUCUAGGGUUAGGGCUUGAUGGGCAUAUGCAUUAGAAAGCAGGGCUGGAACAGAGGGAAGUGGCCAGAUGAGGAAACGUCAAGUUGUGGUGAGAAGAGAAGAGCCUGCUCGGAGCUCAAGCUCUUCAUCUUUUACUGUUAGGAGUGUGAGAUAUGGAGAGUGCCAGAAGAAUCAUGCGGCUAACGUCGGAGGAUACGCCGUGGACGGCUGCCGCGAGUUCAUGGCCAGUGGAGAUGAAGGCACAACUUCUGCUCUGACCUGUGCUGCCUGUGGCUGCCACAGGAACUUCCACAAAAGAGAGAUGGAGACUGAAGUAGUGAGUGAGUGCUCUUCACCUACAUCCAACGGGGCUUGAGCACUCUCUCUAUAUAUACAUAAAAAAUUAGUAUGGUAUUUCAUCAAGUAUAUGCUUCCUGGUUCGGUUUGCUUUUGAUUGUUUGAAUUUGGGGUUUAAAUUAUAACACAGAGUGAUAUUCUGGUCAUAUAUGCAUAAGGUUUGGAGUGGA